AUGUUAAGAACAGCUAUGGAAAAAGCGAAUAGAAAUGUAGCUGGCAUUCCUUCCCCAUAUAAAAGGGGUAAGCAUGAUCCAGGAGUUAAGCAUAACAAUGAUACGAUAACGUUUGCUGAAUAUCACAUUGAUUCCUUUCCAAGGGUACCUGCUCGCUGGUGUCGUAAAGAUACCAAAAAAGAAUAUCUGGAAUCAAUUUUGAAUAAGGAAAAGAUGUACACGUUGUACAAAGAAAACUGCUCCGAACUGAAACAAAAAUGUAUUUCAAAGACUACUUAUAGAGAACUCCUUAUUAAGAAAAACAUUGGAUUCCACAUCCCUAAAAAAGAUCAAUGUUGGUGUCAUCACUUUGAACAACUUAAAGAGAAUGAAAAAACUGCAGAAAAGUUACAUGACUAUGAGAUUCAUAUUCGAAGAAAGAUAGCAGCAAUGGAAGAGAAAAAAAUAGACUCACUGAAAGCAAAACGCGAUGAGCAUUAUGUCUCAGCUAACUUUGACUUGGAAGCAGUUUUGUAUUCCCCAUUACUGUUCGCAAAACCUGUUUUCUAUAAGAGGUAG